AUGUUAUCUCUUUUUAUAAAAACGCAAAACGAAAUCCAAAGAGAGAGAAAGGGAUUGAGAAGGGACUCUCACAUGGAGGAACAGCGAGAAGCGAUCUCAGCCGCACAUCUAGGAUCACCGAAGUGGAUCCCGGCCGUCCGUAGCGACGGAGAUGGCAACCGUGAUGCGGAGAAGGAGGAGGUCGGCGACGACUCCGACUUCGCAUUCGUGCCUCGGGAUCCGAUAUCCGGCCAGGAGGUCACCGCCGAUGAUAUCUUCUCCAAUGGCCAGAUCCGCACAGCAUUUCCCCUCUUCGGGCGAGAGCUUGCGCCGGUGAUCCCGAUGCAGGGGCUGGCGAUCAAGGAUCGGGAUGAGCUCGUGGGGUCGGCGUCAUCGUCGGAGUGCGACGAGCUGGAGGGUGUUCCAGAGGCGAGCUAUUGCGUCUGGGCGCCGGAGCGGCAGGUGCGGAGCAAGUCGUAUGGCGAACCAGGGAGGUUGCGGCUUCGUGAUAUUGUUCAGGGCCGGAGCCGGAGUGAUGGGAAUAAGAAGUUCUUGUUUCUCGCGCCGCCUCCGCCGCCGCCGCCGGUGGUGGAGAAGGAGAAGGAGAAAUCUAAAGGAGGGAGUGAGAAGAAGGGGAAGGUGGGUAAGGUUACCGAAUUGGAUAUAGUCACCGCACAUAGGCUUUACUAUUCGAAGAAAGGCGGUGAGGGUAUGAAGGGCGGUAAGCGGUCAUUCUUACCUUACCGGCCGGAGUUUGUUGGGUUCUUUGGCAAUGCUGCAAAUAGAUCCCAUUUCUAGAAUUUUUAUAAAUAUAUAUAUAUAUAUAUAUUUAAUUAUGUUUUGCAUUGUAUUUGUUUAAUUAAUUAAUUAAUUAAUUAAUUUUAGCGUUAUUUAGUUGUUUGUGUACAUUGAUUGUGGUGUGAUGAGAGACGUGUAACAUGAUGAAGAGUUUUGAUUUGAUUUGAUUUGAUUUUGUUGGUGUAUUCUGACUAUUAGUUGUACAAAAAUGAGACAGAAUGGAUGAAGAAGUCAAUGGGUUGAUUUUGAACUUGAUUUGAUCUUAAAAUUCUUCAUGUUUUUUUUGGUAGGUAGGAUUAUAAUUUGAUCCGUAUGAGUUUCACACACUCGUGCAAUUUAUUUGGUUUGUUUUGCAUCUAACAAAACACUGCAUUUGUUCUCUCUCAUUUAAUUUUUUUUUAAAAAUCUUUUUAAGGUGUUUUUCACAUGUACAUAUUAAAUAUUUAAUCAGAUCCUUAAAUCAUGCUUUAUCAUGGUCAAUUUUAAAAUAAGAAAUUACUAUAAUACCCCAAAGCCUUUUGUUUAGUUAUAUUCCUAAAAUUCUUUAUUUUAGAAUUUUGUUAACCUCAGUUCAGUUGUAUGCAUGCAAUUAUAAAA